AUCAUCGUAUGGGGAAAACACAGUGCAAUUGUUGCAGUGCUAGUGCAGUGCAGUUGUAGAUCUAAUUGUGGAUAUGCAAUAAAAAUCAUCACUGAUGCGGACGUAACGACGAUGAAAUCAAGCUUUUGAGGAGUGGUAGAUUGUACUUUUGUAUAUAUAUUUAUUGGAUAUCUUGCACAUAUAUCAUAAAAUGUCGACACCGGCGAGAAGGCGGCUCAUGAGAGAUUUUAAAAAAUUACAAGAAGAUCCACCAGCUGGUGUGAGUGGUGCACCUUCAGAAAACAACAUCAUGUUAUGGAACGCUCUUAUAUUUGGGCCACGUGACACCCCAUUUGAAGAUGGAACGUUCAAGCUAACCAUUGAGUUUACAGAAGAGUACCCCAACAAACCACCUACAGUACGCUUUGUAUCAAAGAUGUUUCACCCUAAUGUAUAUGCUGAUGGAGGAAUCUGCUUGGAUAUUCUACAGAAUAGAUGGAGUCCUACAUAUGAUGUAUCAGCAAUUCUUACAUCAAUACAGUCUCUACUGGAUGAACCGAACCCUAACAGCCCAGCAAACAGCCAAGCUGCACAGCUAUACCAAGAGAACAGAAGAGAAUAUGAAAAGAAGGUGUCUGCUAUUGUUGAAACUAGCUGGAUAGAUACCAAUUCAUGAUAUAAGGGUUACAGGAGAAGAUCAAGUCAUUGUAGAAAUCUUAACAAUGACAAUGACAGAGUCAUGUUAACGAUGUUCAUUUUAGAAGAAAAGAAUUCACAUGCUAUGCUGGAGAGUACCUCCAUUUCCAGUUUCAACCUGCUUUGUGGUAUUAUUCAUGUCCAUGGAUGGCUAAAGUUACAUCAUUUCUCAUCGUUAGAAUAUAUAUUAGCCAAUAGGUAAUGAUGGCUAAGUCCUGUAUAGCGCAAAUGACUGACUUCAGCCCAUAAAUAGUCUUACUUGGUAUGGUACUUAUGAGAAGGAAUCGCAUACACCUUUGAUUGUUUUUCUACUGUUCUUUUACAUAGAUAUAAAAGGUCAGUGUUGAAAAGUGUUCUAAGAAUGUGUAUAUCUUCCUUCAAAGGUAUCAACCCAAAUUAGGAUUUAUCUCCCAUACUUCAUAUUAUAGUUCAUUCAUUUAUUUUGUUAUGAUGUGUUUAAUAGAGGAAGAACAUAUAGUUCUUUUGUCAUUGAUACAAACAUAUAAUCAAACAUUAAUGAAAUCUUCACUACUUAAAACCCAGUUUAAAAUUGUAGUUUGGCCCAGUCAUGUUUGUUUGUGCAAAACUUAAAAGAGUUGGUCGGCUUGCAAACAAAGACGAGUAAGGCCGAGCCUGUUUAUGAUCUAUUUAGGUUGUACAUCUUUCCUCUGUGAUGUUGCAUGUAAUAGUGUCAUGAAAUUCCUUCUCAAAAUAGCCAAGCCAAUGGAAUACAUCAUAUCUAUAUAAUACUAGUAAAGGCUUAGCAACCCUAAUCCUGUGCUUGCAGCCUCAAACAAAUUCAACAAAGAACUAGCAGGUGGAAUAGAUAAAAACUAGCAUUUACUAAUAAAGGCUAUAAGUGAACGGUAAAAUAGAGUAAAUGCUUUUUGCUAAGUUAGAUGUGCUAGGUGGCAGCUGGUAUUGUUUGGAAGUUUACAAUGGUAUUCUACACUCAUUGUUUACAAUAGUGUUAUAAAGUCAGCCUUGAAGGAAUAGUACAAAAGCGGUUUGUGUACCCAGGUAUAAUCAUAAUAAAAACAUUACAAUUUUCAAAUUGGCUAUAGGGAAUGAUAUUACCUACUGCUUUUGAUUGAUACAAAACUGUUUAUUGCUGAUAAAAUUUAUGUCUUUUAUAUGUUAUAAUCAAAGAGAAAUAUUACCUUUACAACAAAAAGGGAUGACAGUUUAAGAUGUAUAAACAUUGAUAGAUGAUCUCCUUGUAGGAAAAUCUUUAAGCUGGCAGGAGAAGAGAUUGUAAAACAUUUAGCUAAAGGUUGACGAUGAAAGAAAUUCUUCUUUCUCAAAUGUGCAUCUUCUAAUCCAGCAUGUACUUUGUGAACAAGAACAAAUUUUAAAAAAAAUUAUAAUUUGAAUACAAGUUAUUGCUGGUCUUGAGAAGUAAUAGCUAUCAAGGAAAGGAGUUUUUGUUUCUUCUUACCAGCAGUUACUUGGUUGGAACAUCAUGAUCAUGCAAGCAAAAAGUUAGAAAGAACAAUUUGCUAUAAAGCUUUACUAGUUUUAUUUCUAUGUAAGAGGAAGAUUUCCUAUCUUUUACCUACCUGAUUUCAAAGUGGAGCAAUCUCACAUGACACAUUGUAGAUAGAAUCAAAUCUGUAUAUCCUUUAUAUUAUCAAUACAAAAAAUGUAUAUAGCACAGCUAGCAUUUGUACAAUCAAAAGAUCCAUGUUUACAAGUUACCAAAUGGAAAAAGAAAGACAUGUUUUCUGGAUCACAUUAGGUACUUCAGUAAUAUUUACCUGCUACACAUUUUCAAAGCCAUUCAAGAAACUGAGGCAGUUUCAAUACUAACCUUAAUUCUAUUUGACCCCUAAGAGGCCAUUUUAGUCUUUUUUUGCCCUUUCGGUUACUGAUUUUGUGAAACUGUUUGUGAUCAUGUUUAUUAUGUUUCAUUCAUAUGAAAUUUAGUAGAUUUGAAACUAAUAUUUUUUCAAGAAGGUAUAUAGAGUAGUUAAAAGAGUUGAUGAAGGGAAACAAGUAUCUACAUUACCCUGUCAAUUGUGACUGCAUUAGGUCUUGGAGUUUUAGCUCAUGCUGACAGUUUGCAAUUUCAAUAAAUGUAAGAAAAUGUCUUUGAUUUUUGUUUUGCCAUAGAAUUAUAUUACUAAAACUUUCUUUUGCUCUGUCAUUGUUCUUCAGCAGAAGGCAAAAAAGACUACUUGUUGGGCAUUCCUAAAAUAAAACUGUUAAAAACUAACAAAUAAUGUACAGUCACAGAAUGAGUUUUGUGCUUUGAAUUAUCUCUCUGUCCGGUGACAGGUCACAAAUGCUGCCGUACAAGGGAUUAGAAGCAGAAUAGUGGUUGUAGUCUAAUGGUUAAUUUAAUAGACUUUGGCUGGUAUUAAAUGUGGGUUUUAAUCCCAGGUUUGUUGUAAUUAUUCUCCAUAUGCUUCUAAUAGAAAUUGGAACUGGUAGGAUGCUGAACGUCAUUGUGAUCUUAUCUGGUGUCUCAGUGAUCAUAUUUCCCAGGAUUGGAGAUGGUGCACACCUUGUGUGCGUGUAUGAAUCUGAUGACUGGAUUAAAAGGAUAUUGCUGCAAUGAGAAGUGUUAGUAUUAAGCACUAUGUGAAUCAAGACUACUGCUUUAUUGUUAACCAAGAUGAGUUUGUUUUAAAUUGAUUCAAACUGAAAAUAUGUUUUGUAGAGUAUGAAGCAAAGUAUGUCUUACCGGUAAUGAGACUUAUUCUUCUAAUAAUCCCAUUCAUUAUCUGUGGAUAUAUUGUUCAUAUCAUCUGGUAAAUUUUGGGAUUGGCAAGUUCAUUUGUGAGAUCGUCCACAUAUACUGGCUCCAUUAAAGUACAUGUAUUUCAAAAUAGAUGUUAUAACCAAGGCAUUGUUCACUACACACUGUAACUCUGUAUCAUGUAAUUAUUGUAAGCAGGUUAGCUUUUCAAAGUUUAGAGGUAGUAUGCAUGCACAAUGAAAUUCAAAUUCUCCUCCUUUGAAAUAUAUUUCACUUAACAUGCAACUAUUUUCUAAUCAAAAGAUAUUUGAAGUAUUUGCUCUGAUCAUAUUCUAACUGUUACAGUUCAAUUUAUUUCAUUAUGCUUAUAAUUAAAUUUACAAAAAGCAGAGUUGAUUCUCCACAUGUACCACAAGAUGAUUGGUUUCUCAAGUUGUAUGAUCUUGUAAUCUCCCAGGGGCACUAACUAUUUUGUCUAUUAUGGACAUCAAUAACAUGAAACAGUUUUAACCAUAUUUUUUUCAUUAGAGACGUAGUGUAUAACCAAAUGAAGAAAAAAUAUCUCAUUUAUUACAGUAAAUACUCGGUACUAGCUUUUCUUUAAACUCUUCAUAUUGUUAUUUUCUGAUGUUGUAGAGUUGAUUUAUGCAUAAAUCAAGCAACUUCAGGCUGUCUGCAAAGUAGUACAUUUAGUAUGGAGAUUAUUUACCCAGACUAUUGUUGUGUGUUUGAGCAUGGUGUGAUUCUUGCAUGCCCCUUUUACAUGUACAUUCAGUUAUGACCCCUAGCUUCCUUAUGUAUGUAAUUAAAAGCUUUCAAUGAGUUGGUAUAGUUUUGAAGGCAAGUUCUCUCUUAUGCUCCACUUGCCAAAGCUUGGAAUCUUUUUGAGGAAUUUGCGCCAAUUUAUUUUCACGAGAUAAUUUUUGUUUGCACAUUUUACUGAAUUACAUUGCAAUCAUGGUGAACAAAUGUUAGACAAUAUGAGAGUGUUUAUGUUGAGCUAGAUGUGAUAAGGGAAUUUACUUGGCUUUAGAACCCAUGUGAGUUACAGACUAACUGAUCUGGGUUGGUGUUCAGUUCAUUACUUGAAAUUAAGUCGGUAUCUUAGGGAGCAUUUACUUUAACUUAAAAUACAUUAAGUCUAAUCCAGACCACAGCAAAGUAUUUUACUUAUUAAAGUUAGUCAACUCUAAACCCAAAUACUUACCUUAAGCCAAGUAUCAAUAUACUAAUCAAAGGAUAAGUUCCAAUUCACUCAAUUGCACUUUUUAUUGUAAGAUAGAUAUGGUAGCACCAUGACUUGCAAUCAAAAUAUUGGACUCAAUGAAAUCUACUUAGAACAAAUAUAACUUGUUCAUCGGAUCAUUAAGAUUGCUGCUCUUGUGUGUGUGCCAUUUAUUAGUCCUUGUAACUAACUUUCAGUUUUGUGUCCUUAUUAGAGGGGUUUCCUACCACACCAGAUAAAACAAUCUAGAUUUACUCCCAGUAAAGAAAGACGUACAUCAUCUCAAAUGAACGCAUAGAAGUUGCUUUACUAUAAUUUGUCUUAUAUCGCUGAUAUCUUGCGAAGAUAAAAAUAAAAGGGAAAUUUUUAUAUUGUACAUGGUAUAUAUUGUGUGGAGGACACUACUGUGUAGAGCAUUUAUAAAAAAAAGUGUUAUACAUGUAUAUGCCUUACAAUAUUGUUAUAUGUAUGAUGAAGAAUGCUUUAUAUGUCUGUGUUUUGGUUGUCGUUGUUGUAUGCCCAGCAUAGGUCAUAUAACACUGUUUAUAGCACAUGGUGCAGUGAGAGAACCCCUGUGCAACGUAGUGGAGCAUACGUACAUUCAGUCCAUAUGAUUGUGAGCAUUAUAUUUGUAUUUAUGAUACUAAGUGGUUGUACAGGUAGAUAGAACUACAGGCUAAUCAACCUGUGCUUCUUUAAUAAAACUGUUUCUUUCAAAACAUUUCAAA